GUGCGUGUUCACACGUCAUUUUGUUAAUUACCGCAUAGGUAAUCCAGUCGCGACCUAGGGCAGUGGGAGCACGGUACGGUGGGCGCUCGCUCACUCGUCUCUCAGUUCUCCCUCCCUCUCUCCAAAACGAGGCUGUGGGGAGACACGGCAUUGAAUUACACCGGGCAGAGAGCGAGGGAGAAGACGGGGGUCUGUACCGAAGAAACCUGUGCACAGAUUGAAAUGCGCCAGAGAUUUACCUUCGAAGCGUUCUGAAUGCUUACGCGGUCGGGGAAAUGCCGGGAUGGAAGAAGAACAUUCCUGCCUGUCUCCAGGCUGAACAGGAAGGAGUCAGUAUCAGUCGAACCCAGAGCAGUAUGUGCUGAAACUGGCCGCAGGAUCAGCCCUCCGUGUACUGCUGGACCAACUGGGGGACGAUGACGCUGGAACUGGAUCCCCAUCCUAAGCCCCCAUUUCCACGGCAACGGGCUGGCCCGGGGUGCUCCUGCUGUCCCUCACGCUGCCUGUGUUGGGACGGGUCAGACUUCGAGGAGCGGCUGUCCCCAGAUGAGGGGCCUUACACGAAGCACUCUAACUCCUCCAGACCUGCAGAGGGAGCUCUGGCCAUCAGGAGACAGAGUAUCCCAGAGGAGUUUAAGGGCUGCAGCGUGGUAGAGCUGAUGAAGAAGGAGGGCACCACCCUGGGGCUCACCGUCUCCGGCGGCAUCGACAAGGACGGCAAGCCCCGCGUGUCCAACCUGCGCCAGGGGGGCAUCGCUGCCAGGAGUGAUCAGCUGAAUGUAGGAGACUACAUCCGCUCGGUUAACGGGAUCAAUCUGACUAAGUUCCGUCACGAUGAGAUCAUCAGCCUGCUGAAGAACGUGGGCGAGCGGGUGGUGCUGGAGGUGGAGUACGAGCUUCCGCCUGUCUCGGUUCAGGGGUCGGGGGUGGUGUUUAAGACAGUGGAGGUCACGUUGCAUAAAGAGGGAAACACGUUUGGAUUUGUCAUCAGAGGAGGUGCCCAUGAGGACAGGAACAAGUCACGUCCCAUAGUCAUAACGACCGUCAGGCCCGGAGGCCCAGCUGACAGGGAAGGCACAGUAAAAGCGGGGGAUCGUUUGCUGAGUAUUGAUGGCAUCCGGCUGCAGGGGACGUCCCACUCUGAAGCCAUGAGCAUCCUCAAACAGUGCGGUCAGGAAGCCACACUGCUCAUCGAGUACGACGUGUCCAUCAUGGAUUCCAUUGCCACCGCCUCUGGCCCCCUGCUGGUAGAGGUGGCCAAGUCGCUGGGCUCCAGCCUUGGAGUGGCACUAUCUACCUCUAUGUACUGCAACAAGCAAGUGAUCAUCAUCGACAAGGUCAAGCCCGCCAGCAUAGCUGACAGGUGCGGGGCUCUGCAUGCUGGUGACCACAUCCUGUCGGUGGAUGGCACCAGCAUGGAGUUCUGCUCCCUGGCAGAGGCCACCCAGCUGCUGGCCAGCGCCUGUGAGCAUGUCAAGAUGGAGAUCCUGCCUCACCAGCAGACCCGGCUGGCCCUCAAGGGCCCUGAGCAAGUCAAGGUGCAGCGCAGCGCCAGGACUCUUCCCUGGGAGACCUGCGGCAGCAGCAGCAGCAGCAACUUCCCCCCCUACCAGCAUUAUAACACCUACCACCCCGACCAGUCCCGGACCCAACCCUCCAAACACAACAAAUCCUCUCCAAACAGCCUUCCUCUGGGCUCGCCCUUCUCCCCUACCUCUAUGAGUGCCUACAGCCUGAGCUCCCUCACCAUGGGCGCGCUGCCCCGAAACGUGUACCCGACCAGCCCCCGCGGAACCAUGCUGAGGAGGAAGCUGAAGAAGAAGGACUUCAAGAGCUCCUUGUCUCUGGCCUCCAGCACCCUGGGGCUGACGGGGCAGGUGGUCCACACAGAGACCACUGAGGUGAUGCUCAUCAGCGACUCCAUCAUGGGCUUCGGGAUCCAGCUGCAGGGGGGCGUGUUCGCGACUGAGACGCUCUCCUCCCCCCCCCUCAUCGCCUACAUGGACCCAGACAGCCCGGCGGAGAGGUGCGGCAUCCUGCAGAUCGGAGACCGGAUCCUGGCCAUCAACGGCAUCCCCACGGAGGACAGCACCCUGGAGGAGACCAAUCAGCUGCUGCGUGACUCCAGCAUCACCAACAAGGUUACCCUGGAGAUCGAGUUUGACGUGGCAGAGUCCGUCAUCCCCAGCAGCGGCACUUUCCAUGUGAAGCUCCCCAAGAAGCCUGGAGUUGAGCUGGGAAUCACCAUCAGCUCUCCAUCCAGCAGGAAACCCGGGGAUGCCCUCAUUAUCUCUGACAUAAAGAAGGGGAGUGUGGCUCACAGGACGGGGACUCUAGAGCUGGGAGAUAAGCUGCUGGCCAUAGAUAACAUCCGGCUGGAGAACUGCUCCAUGGAGGACGCGGUGCAGAUCCUGCAGCAGUGCGAGGACCUGGUCAAGCUCAAGAUCCGCAAGGACGAGGACAACUCAGACGAGCAGGAGAGCUCGGGCGCCAUCAUUUACACAGUGGAGCUGAAGCGCUAUGGCGGCCCGCUGGGCAUCACCAUCUCCGGCACGGAGGAGCCCUUCGACCCCAUCAUCAUCUCCAGCCUGACCAAGGGCGGCCUGGCUGAGAGGACCGGAGCCAUCCACGUCGGGGACCGGAUCCUGGCCAUCAACAGCAGCAGCCUGAAGGGCAAGCCGCUCAGCGAGGCCAUCCACCUGCUGCAGAUGGCGGGAGAGUCCGUCACGCUCAAGAUCAAGAAGCAGGGCGAGCUGGGCAGCCCCAGGCAGCCGCCGGUGUCGGGGAGGCUGAGUGAGCUCAGCGAUGUGGAGGACCCAUCGCAGGUGGUGCAAAAGAGUGGGAAACUGUCCGACGUCUUCUCCACCACCAUCCCCAGCGUGGACAGCGCCGUGGAGUCCUGGGACGGCUCGGCCAUCGACACCGUGGCCAGCAGCCAGGUCCCGGGGUACCAGGCUUCGGGGUACAGCUUCCACAGCCAUGAGUGGAGGAGCGCCAAGCCAAGGGGGAGCCUGUCGCCCGGCAACAGCCACCAGAGGAGGAACAACGUGCUGCAGGACCUGGGCCUGAGCGAGGACGAAUGGGAGCGGCCCACCGCCAGCGGGUUCACUGUGGGCCAUGAGGGCGCAGAACCCGACCAGGAAGAAAACUUCUGGUCCCAGGCCCUGGAGGAUCUGGAGACCUGCGGCCAAUCUGGAAUCCUGAGAGAGCUGGAGGCCACCAUCAUGUCGGGCAGCAGCCUGAGUCUGAACCAGGACUCCGCCCCCCCGCGCACGCAGCUGGGCUCGGGGUUGAACCGGCAGGCCAGCUUUCAGGAGCGCGGCAGCUCCCGCCCCCACUACCCCCCCGCCUGCCGCAGCAACACGCUGCCCUGCGACGCCGGCCGCAAGGCCUUCGCUGUGAGGAAGAUGAAGCAGGAGAUGAAGGACAUCCUCCUGCCCACACCCGUGGAGCUUCACAAGGUGGCGCUGUUUAAAGAGCUGGAUGAGGAGGACUUCGGGUUCAGUGUAUCGGAUGGGCUCCUGGAGAAGGGCGUGUACGUCAACAACAUCCGCCCCGAUGGCCCAGCUGAGCUGGGCGGCCUCAAGCCCUACGACAGACUGCUACAGAUCAACCACGUCCGGACCCGGGAUUUCGACUGCUGCCUGGUGGUCCCCCUGAUUGCUGAGUCGGGGAACAAACUGGACCUGGUGAUCAGCAGGAACCCCCUGGCCUCCCGGACCCCUGCAGAACCGGGCCAGCUGCCCGGUGAGGAGCAGGCAGACUGGACCCAACCGGAACACCUGCCACAGCCACCGCCGGCCGGCCAGCACAACUCCCGGCUGCCAGGGGAGGGCGCCAGAGAGCCCACCAAGACCUUAUAGCACAGCCCCCGCAGAGCCCGAGAGAGAGACGCAGGCCGGUCCUCAUGGUGCUAAUUACGGAAAGGGAAAGAAACAGCCGAGGGAGGGCUCUCUCUGGCGCGUGGGACACAGCCUGCAGCAGUGCCAUCCCCUGCUCUCUCCCCUGCUCCAACCCUAACCUCUCACACUGUAGCACAAGGACUGGGACACUGACAGGGGCACGUACCGUACAGGUGGAACACGGGCCGCACCCUCCCCAUUCCCCACCCCCCCACCCCCCCCCGGUGUCUUGGGGAGUUUCUGUGGCUACAGCAGCAUUCAUACCCUAAAUUUGUUAUUGAUGGAGUUCUCCUUUUUCCAGACAAACUUAAAACAAAAGAAAAAAAGAUAUUGUAAAUAAAAUCCUCACAAAUUCCCCUCCCCACCACCGCCACCAUCCUCCUCCAAGUGAUCUGUUCAAACAAAAAAGAAAGAAAAUAAAUAAUGCAUUUUCACCCGUCUUCCGAAGAAAGGAGGAGGAAUUUUGGGACCACCCCUGCAACCAUGGUAACAGUUCCGCAUAUGGGAACCGGGCCUGUGAAGCAAAGGGCCCCCAAGUUCUCCCUCCGUCCGCGCGUCCUGCGCUAGCCACACCGCUAGCCGCACCGCUAGUCACACCACUAGCCACACAGCUAGCCACACUGCUAGUCACACCACUAGCCACACAGCUAGCCACACCGCUAGCCAAACCACUAGUCACACCACUAGCCGCACCGCUAGUUACACCACUAGUCACACCACUAGCCACACCGCUAGCCAUACCGCUAGUCACACCACUAGCCGCACCGCUAGUCACACCACUAGCCGCACCGCUAGUCACACCACUAGCCACAGCGCUAGUCACACCACUAGCCGCACCGCUAGUCACACCACUAGCCGCACCGCUAGUCACACCACUAGCCACAGCGCUAGUCACACCACUAGCCGCACCGCUAGUCACACCACUAGCCGCACCGCUAGUCACACCACUAGCCGCACCGCUAGCCGCACCGCUAGUCACACCACUAGCCGCACCGCUAGUCACACCACUAGCCGCACCGCUAGCCUCACCGUUAGUCACACCGCUAGCCAGGAGCAGGAGCAGCUCAGUGCAUGAGACCGGUUUCUACCUGGAAGGUGUGCUCAUAAUGUCUGCACAGGUGAGCUCGUCUGCCUGCAUUUAAAGACAAAAUGGCAGAACACUGGGUAAUGCUACAGCGUGCGAUCUUAUGAAGCCCAUUUGGUUCCUGUGCAGAGACUGAUUUCCACGCUGAAAACGACCCAAAGCUGCUGACGGUCUCAACACAGGCAGACGUCACACACCGGGGUGGAACUGUUGCACCUUAACGCUGAAUUAGGAUAGAGGUCUAUUUUUUAAUGAAAUGACAGAUGAUUUAUACAAUGACAAAAUGAAAAGAAUGAUUUAUGCAGUGUGAGAAACAGGCAGUGUGGUGAGCCUUGGGAGGAUUUAGAGCUGUUCCAGUGUCUGGCCCCAAAAUCACUUAACCAAAAAAAUACUGAAUGAAUAUUAGCAGACCCAUGGCUCAUGGGGGCAAUAAGGGCAGAUGGAGGCACUACAAGUCCCAGCAUGCACUGCAAUAAAGAGUUCUGUACACUGAGAGCAGGCUGAACUGAGCACAGGUUUAGGGAUGGGGAGAGUGCCUAACCCUAACCCCCCACCUCUCCCCUAGGAGAGCCACAGGGUGCACUGGUUUUAGCUUUCACCCGAAAACCAAGCACUCCAGUGGCAUGCUGAAGGACAGGAGGCCCAGCCACAUGCCUGUCUGUAAUAAGACUCCGUCACAGGUGGAGCCGCAUCUUCCCAGGGCAUGAGCUCCAGGGGUUAACAGGACAUGCAUGUAAUGUUUCAACCCCCUUUCACCCCAUAGUCUCCCCUAAAUGUUUUGUAAACAUGACUUUUUGUACACGUCUGACAUUUGUAGUCCUUUCAGAAUGAAUUGUGGUUUUCCCGAUCAAAUUCCCGAGACAUAUAUAGAUAUAUAAACACUUAAAAGUACAUAAAAAAAUUAUCCAACCACUCAGUAACAAAUAACAACAAAGCAAACAAAAGCCAAGCAUGAGGUAAUCCAUAAAAAAGCCACAGAGUUGAAACUUUCUAUUUUAUAUUCCUCCAAUAUGAUAAUCUGUGUGAAACACGUUAUUAAAAUAUGUUUUUAUAUGCUUCCUUGUGUCUCUACAGUGGACAGUGAGAGACUGCGCAAACAUGAUUAUUUGUACAAUGGCACUUGUGUGUUAUCAAGGUCGGGUGAUUUGCCGUAAUGUCAGUGUAUAUUUAAUUUUAUUUUUACACCAUGGGGGGGGGCCUCAUUCGGCAAACUCUCCUCUGAUGAUUUCCUAAUGACUGAGGGAGUCACAGGUUUGGAGCAGGACGUGUUGCUUCAACAGCAGCCGUUUGAUGCUAGCGUAUUGAUACAUAUUUCUGAGUUCUGAGCCCUGUGGCCAUAAUCCUUAUUAAAAUCAUAAAUCCCCUCCAUAUUUACACAAACAGUGCACAGACACUCCUAAGCCGUAGUCUCGAAUAACUCCCAUUCAAUCGCCUUUUUAAAAAUAAUAGUAAUUCAGUGGGCCAGGAACUGUGUUCUGACUUCACUCUGGCUUCUUCUCCCACACUCCACACAGACACCUACCUUAUGUGCUGAUCUGUAUAUCGUGCACCGUCCUACAUUCUGAGUUCCUGCUCCAAACUUCUGCUCAUUUUUCUGUUUGUUUGUUUGGUCACCAUGUUUAAGCACUGCCAAUGAACUUUAGCCACUCACGUGUAUGAAUUGACUUCACAUAUAAGUCCCUUAAAAUACUGUAUUUUUUAUUUCUAAAUGAACAAGUAUUAUAAUCUGUAAAGUAUUUUUGUACAAAUUUAAUACUUUGGUAGCAUGAUAUUUAUGGUGUAUGUAAAGAUUUGGGAAUUCCUACUGCUGUAAACCUUUGUAUGGAUAAGACCCUGAGCCAAUAAAAGAUGUUAAUCACGCGAA